AAACUAUGAAUGAAUGAACGAAAGAAAGAAAGCAAGCAGAGAGGGAGGUAGGUGCGUGUUUUGCGGGAGGAGGCGCUAAAUGUUUACGGAAGCAGAGGAAGAAGCAGAUCUGCGGCGGAGGAGCUCAGUGAGGAUGAGCAGCGCGGCUCCUGUACGCGGUACCACGCAUCCCUGAUGAGGAACGACGGCGUUUGUGGACGUGGAAACGCGCUGACACAUUUUUGACUCUAACAAAAGAAGAAGGAAUAAAGAAAGAUAAAAGAAACAGACCGGGUGAACUUUGAUUCGGACCGACCCGCAUGAGGCCUUUCUGGCGCCCAGCUGGACGGCGCCGGAGCCCCGCAGAAGUCCAGGAUGCUCCCGGGAUCCGGCAGCCGCGGAUCCAUGAGCGCGUAGAGGGCAAGCAUGUCCGACCGCAGAGAGGCGCAGACCGCCACCAAGCUGAAAGGAGUUGCACCGUUUGUUGUUAGGAGAGAUUAUAAUUAUUGUUUUCUAUUUAAUUUUCUAUGAGAAAGAGGGAAAAGCGUGCGUCCGCGGAUUUCCUCUACGUGACCCUGGUCUCAUUCAGAGUGCGCCCCCCGGCCGCUGUGUGUGUUUGUGUGUGUUUGUUUGUUUAUGUUUUUGGGGUGGACGGUUCGGAUGCAUUCGCCCUGCCUGCUCAAAGAGACAUAUCGGUUCAGGGUCGAAGGAUUGAUUUAGCGAGGCGAGGGGAACCCCUGGAUGCCCGCCUCAUCACGCCAUGGAUGACUCGGGGAUAAUCAGGCGCCGCAGGCUGCAGCAGGACCUGCCGCUACCGCGCAAGAACAGCAGUUGCCGCACGAGCAACAGGAAGAGCCUGAUCCUGACAACCACGUCUCCCACGCUGCCUCGCCCGCACUCCCCUCUCCCGGGUCACCUCGGAAGCAGCCCCCUGGACAGCCCCAGAAACUUCUCCCUGAGCAACCCGGCACACUUCUCCUUCGCCUCCUCCAGAAGAGCGGAUGGGAGGAGAUGGUCUUUGGCGUCUUUACCCUCCUCUGGAUAUGGCACCAACACUCCCAGCUCAACGUCGUCCAGCUCCUCUCAGGAGCGGCUGCACCAGCUGCCCUCCCAGCCCACCAUGGACGAGCUCCACUUCUUGUCCAAGCACUUUGGCAGCACCGAGAGCAUCACGGACGACGACGGGGGCCGCUGCUCCCCGCACAUGCGCCCGCGCUCCCGCAGCCUCAGCCCGGGACGCUCCUCCUCCUGCUAUGACAAUGAGAUCGUCAUGAUGAACCAUGUGUACAAAGAACGGUUUCCAAAGGCCACAGCGCAGAUGGAGGAGAGGCUAGCCGAGUUCACCCACGCCUUCUCACCCGAGAGCGUUCUUCCUCUGGCUGACGGGGUCCUCAGCUUCAUCCAUCACCAGAUCGCCGAGCUGGCCAGAGACUGCCUGGAAAAAUCACGCGAGGGCCUCAUCACUUCGGUCUACUUCUUUGAACUGCAGGAGAACCUGGAGAAGCUGCUUCAUGAUGCCUUCAAGCGCUCUGAAAGCUCUGAGGUGGCCUUUGUGACGGAGCUGGUGAAGAAGCUUCUCAUCAUCAUUUCCCGACCUGCCAGGCUCCUGGAGUGUCUGGAGUUCAACCCAGAGGAGUUUUACCAUCUCCUGGAGGCAGCGGAGGACCACGCCAAGGAGGGUCAUCUGAUGAAAACUGACAUUCCCCGUUACAUCGUCAGCCAGCUGGGACUGACCAGGGACCCAAUAGAAGACAUGGUGAACCUGGAAAGUUACGACAGCGAGGGACCAGUGACGCCUGAAACAGACGACUCCACAGAGGGAAAAAUCAGAGCAAUAAAACCUCCAGGAGAAGCAGACUUCCAGACCAUCAAGCUGAUCAGUAACGGAGCGUACGGCGCCGUGUACUUGGUGCGUCAUUUGGAGACACGGCAGCGGUUUGCCAUGAAGAAGAUCAACAAGCAGAACCUGAUCCUGAGGAACCAAAUCCAGCAGGCGUUUGUGGAAAGGGACAUCCUGACGUUUGCAGAGAACCCCUUCGUCGUCUCCAUGUUCUGUUCCUUCGAAACGCGCCGCCACCUCUGCAUGGUCAUGGAGUACGUGGAAGGAGGGGAUUGUGCCACUUUGCUGAAGAACAUCGGGGCUCUGCCUGUGGAAAUGGCGCGCAUGUACUUCGCAGAGACUGUCCUCGCGCUGGAGUACCUACACAACUACGGCAUCGUCCACCGAGACCUCAAGCCUGACAACCUCCUAAUAACGUCAAUGGGACACAUCAAGCUGACGGACUUCGGUCUGUCUAAGAUCGGCCUGAUGAGUCUGACCACCAACCUGUACGAAGGGCACAUAGAGAAGGACACACGGGAGUUUUUGGAUAAACAGGUGUGUGGAACCCCGGAGUACAUCGCUCCGGAGGUGAUUCUGUGUCAGGGUUAUGGGAAGCCAGUGGACUGGUGGGCAAUGGGCAUCAUCCUGUACGAGUUCCUGGUGGGUUGCGUGCCUUUCUUUGGAGACACGCCAGAGGAAUUGUUUGGACAAGUCAUCACAGAUGACAUAGUGUGGCCAGAUGGAGACGAGGCUCUUCCUGUGGAUGCCCAGCGCCUGAUCUCCUCCCUGCUGCAGACGAAUCCUCUGGUGCGACUGGGCACAGGUGGUGCUUUUGAAGUCAAGCAGCACUCAUUCUUUGCGGAGGUGGACUGGAACAGCCUGCUGAGACAGAAAGCUGAGUUCAUCCCUCACCUGGAGUCAGAAGAAGACACCAGUUAUUUUGACACUCGGUCGGAACGCUACCAUCACGUCCAGUCCUACGACGAAGAUGACACCAACGACGAUGAGCCAGUGGAGAUCCAUCACUUCUCGUCCUGCUCCCCUCGCUUCAGCAAGGUGUACAGCAGCAUGGAGCACCUGUCCCAGCUGGAGCACAAACCCCACACUGUGACUCUACGGGAGCACAAGGUUUCCAGGGAGGACAGGGUAGCCAAGCGAGAAAGCUUGGGAAGCGUCACCCUACGAGACAAGAGCUGGAGGACGAGUUCACCGGAAAUGAAGCGCCUGUCCUGUUCAGAGUCCUUCUUCGCUGAAAGUGACUCCAGCCCGCCGUCCGGGGCUCGCAGGCGUUUCUCCGCCCUGAUGGAUAUGAGCCGCUUCGCCUCACCUCAGGAGCUGGACGCCGAGCCGCCGGGUCCAGGGAAGCAGCCUCCCGUCAAGAACAGAGGCGCUUCCCUGGAAGGGGCCAUCCCCUCCCACGGAGACUUGAGGACGCUCCUUAAAGAUGACAAACUUUUGAGACCUGCCGACGCGUCGCUGCCGCUGCCAGGCAGUCUGGGUCUUCCUGAUCUCCAGGGGCCCCGUGGGGCCACCACGGACCUGGUGUUGCGGAGGGUCAGACACCAGCAGCUCUCGUCCGAAGGAGACAAGCGAAACUCGCGACCAGGAACUAAAGUCAUCAAGUCCGCGUCGGCCACUGCUCUGUCUGUCAUCAUUCCAGCAGUGGAGCAGCACGUUGCGUCCCCGCUGCCCAGCCCCAUGUCGCCUCGCUCCCUGUCGUCCAACCCGUCCUCCCGCGACUCGUCUCCAAGCAGAGACUUCUGUCCCAUGGUGAACGUCCUGCACUCUCCCAUCACCAUCCACCGCUCCGGGAAGAAGUACGGCUUCACCCUGCGGGCGAUCCGGGUCUACAUAGGAGACAGUGACGUUUACAGCGUGCAUCACAUGGUUUGGCAUGUUGAGGAUGGAGGUCCUGCUCAGGAGGCGGGUCUUAAAGCUGGAGACCUCAUAACUCACGUAAACGGGGAGUCGGUCCACGGCCUAGUCCAUACAGAAGUAGUGGAGCUCAUCCUGAAGAGUGGAAAUAAAGUUAAAGUCGCGACUACUCCCUUUGAGAACACCUCCAUAAAGGUGGGGCCCGCCCGCAAGUCCAGCUACAAAUCUAAAAUGGCACGUCGCAGCAAAAGGACCGGAGUCAAGGAGGGCCAAGAUAAAAAACGAAGUUCACUCUUCAGGAAAAUCACAAAGCAGUCCAACCUGCUUCACACCAGCCGGAGCCUCUCGUCCUUAAAUCGCUCUCUUUCAUCAGGAGACAGCCUGCCGGGGUCGCCUACCCACAGCUUUUCUGCCCGCUCCCCCACACAGAGCUACCGCUCCACUCUGGAAUCCCCUUAUCUGGGUACGUCAUCCCAGAGCAGCUCUCCGGCAUCAAGCACUCCCAACUCCCCAGCGACUUCCCACCACAUGAGGCCCAGCUCCCUGCACGGCCUGUCCCCCAAACUUCACCGCCAGUACCGCUCGGCACGCUGCAAAUCCGCCGGUAACAUCCCGCUAUCUCCUCUGGCUCACACACCGUCCCCUACCACCUCCUCCCCUCCACCUCUUACGGGCCACACGGUGGGGAGCUCCAACACCACCCAAAUGUUCCCCGCCAAGCUGCACUCCUCGCCUCCUGUCGCCCGCCCUCGUCCCAAGAGUGCCGAGCCACCCAGGUCUCCCCUGCUGCAGCGGGUGCAGUCUGCGGAAAAGCUGGGGGCACCCAUCCUACCUUCCUCCUCUUCGUCGUCGUCGUCGCCUUCCCCUUUGACUGGAGGAGUGUCGUUGCGCAAGCAUAGCUUAGAGGUGUCUCACGGGGACUACAGGAGAGAGUCCUUCCACUGCGAACACAGUCUGCAGAGUUUGCUGGAGAUAGAAGGAGAGAAUGGACCUGCUCCACCCUCUCCGUCCUCGUCUUCCUCCCCUUCUCCUCCUAUGGGAGCAGAGAUUGGAUCGCUGAACCAUGUGAGGAAGCUGGGGAGGCAGGAAUCGCUGCUCAGCAGAGACACACUUGUGACAGUAAAAGAGAAAGAUGUUGUUCCGUCAGCGUCUGAGCUCUCCAGGUUGCAAAAUGUAAGGUCAGUUUCUCCAACAGAGUCUAAGACCAGUGUUGAUACAAGCAAGGCACCACUCAAGGAGGUUGCAAGGAGUAGUGGAAGUACGAAGGCAGCUGAAACAAAGACUAGUAUCUCAUCUACAGACAUCAGAACAGGCGAUGGGAUCAAGCAUUUAGGUACAAAAGUGUCAACUUUGGAGGCAACAGACUUUCAGACCAAAGCUAGUGAGAAAACUCCAGACAUAUCCAAGAGCCCACAACAAGACACAAAGCAGCAGAGUGUGCAGGCAGAUGCGUUGCAUGUUACCAAAACUCAGGAGAAGACAGAAGAGAAAGAAAAAAGCACUGUAGGUGUAGAGAAAGCAAACCUCCAGAAAACGUUGACCACUGAGCAGUUCAAGCAGCAUAUCGCCUCAGAGACUGGAGAUAAAAGAGGUAUCAGUGGAGGCGACAGGGCAACUGAUACGACGAAGACCAAAGUACCUGGACCGCCAGUUCCAUCCCUGGCUAAAACGCACUCAGCACCCAGGCACAGAGCAGAGAAGUCGGCAAGCAGCAGCCAUGGCGUCAAAGAGCAGAAGGCUCAACUGGAAGUCCUGGAGGAAAACCCGGCGUCCCCUUCCUCAAACGCUGCCUCGCCAUGCUCAAGCAAACUACGGGCCGUGUCUCCGGGGGACAAGACCAGCUUCGUCACCCAACUCACAAGUGUGGCUAAGACGGUCCUGGGUCCCAUGAAAGGAGGGUCUCAAGAGGGCAGCAAAGUGAAAGACGCCUCAAAGUCAAGUGAGGAGAAGAAGGGAAGCACAGCGGGGAAAGCAGAGGCCUCGUCCAGAGGGGUCCACCGAGGGACUCCGGGCUUCGCCACGGCCACUGCUCACUCUGAUAAAGGUAACAGUCGGAGCGCUAAACAUCACUCGUGAUGUGAAAGCUUCAGAAACACUGAGACUGCCCAAUGUAAUGCCUUUAACUGUAGCAUCAGACUGACAAAACGUAUGAAUUUGUAUGAGGCAGAGAUAGCAAUGCCUGAACAAAAAUAUUAAAAAUAUACACCAAAUCAAAAAGAAGUAGAAAAGAUGUCAACAAUGAUCAACUACUGCUGUGGAAAUGUGUACAUGGUGUUUUGAUGUAGACCUGUGUAUGUACUGUAUGCUCAUCUCGACAUGUUGUGUAUAUUGUAAAAAAGAAAUGCUUAUGUCUUCAUGCAUGUCUGAUUAAGGAGAAUGACAGACUAUUUAAACACAAGAUGAAUAAUAUACUGCAGACCUUGAGAUAGAAAACACUGUGAACAACCUUUCAACUUGACAAGCAGACUUUUGACUGCGUAGAAGCAGGAUUCUGGUAGGAAAGGGCAUUACUCACAUUUCAGCUAUUGGCUCCAGGGACGUCGUUUAGUUCUAUGCUGUAUUUAUUUGAAGUUCAGGUACUAAAAUGUGUCACCAAUAGAGUGAGUUUUCAUGCCUUCAAUGCCUUGCAAAAAAAAAAGGCCCCUUGAACUUUUUCAAAGUAAAUUCUAAAUUGGAUUUAGGUCUGUACUUUGACUGGGCCAUGCCCUUUGAGCUAAAUCAUUCAACAGGUUGUCUUCUAGUAUUUGUCUGUAUUUCAAAUUAUGUCUGUACUCAGAAGACUACAACCCUCAAGCACCAAUUUAAUUUUGACAUUAUGAUUUGCAUAUUCUAUAGUCCACCUAGAGAUUGCAUUUAUGUUGCUCUCUACAUAAAUACAAUAGGUUUUUUUAUUUUGUUCAGUGUGAACAUGGUAAAUGUCAAUAGUAAAUAAUGUAGUAAAUAUAAAUGGAUUCUUAAGUCAAUAACCAAAACUUCAACACAGAUGUCAAACUUUAUUCAACUGAACGUUUACAAAAGUAAAUUAUUGCUCUAGAAUUUAUCUGCAAAAUUCGAUUUAAGGGAAGCUAAGUGUGUUUAACGUUUUCAAAGUUAGCAAAAACAAAAAAAUUAGCUCCGCUAUUAGCAUGCUAGCGAAUUUGUGUACCCACCUCUGCCUGGAAUAUUAUGAUUUUGGACCGAAGUCAAGCUUUAUUCAAAACAGUUUACAAAACAGCCAAGUAAAUUAGCUUUAGAGUUUAUAUGGAAAUUUUCAUUUAAGGGAAGCCAAAUGUGCUUAACGUUUUAAAGUUGGCAAACGCACGAAACAAAAAAACUAGCUCCGCUAUUGGGCUUGAACUUCCAUCAAAACACCAACUAUCACAUACAAUUUCAAUAAAAUACAUUGGGGUUGUAACAUCACAGAAGGUUCAAGGGGUAUAAAUACUUUUGUAUGGCACUGUCAUUUUGUACUUUGUUUAGGUAAUUGAAGGUGUCACUAACAGAAUGUGACACCUUCUGUAUGGUGGGCUGAGGAUUCGCUGUACACAGCAGAAACUGGACCAAGAAACCAAAAUGCUUGCAGUGACAAAGUUGAAGGAUGGAUCAGAUAGUUUCCCUCGGCUCUGUUUAAGGGCUGACUGUCAACGGGAUUGAGAGGAAUAAAUUAGAUGAACUUGCACAGGGACACUAUGCAAUGUGCUGCCAAUGCCACUAUUGUCCCGUCUUUUUGUGUCUCCUGGGUAUCUAGGUUUACAUUGUGCUCCAGACAAAUACAGAAAACAGCAUAAAGCUUACAAUAACUCAAGCAGACGUAUAUUGUUUCAUUUUUAAAAGUUGUGUCUGCUGGUUAUGGUGACAUGUGCAAUUCUAUAUUUUAAAUCAAAGUCGGUGAAAUGUGUUCCUUCAGAGCGUGGUAGCAAGUAAAGACGCCCAUGGAAACUAGCACUUAGAGGAGAGAGCGGUUUUCAGUCACUCUUUUUCACUCACGCUAAGCUACAGUUCGUGGUAUCAUAUUAGACGAAACGGGAAGUGCCAGUGUUUUUACGUAACCUUUAAAGGUUACGUGGUCAUCUUUGUUGUUGUUGGGUUUUUUUUCUUACUUAAAUGUUAAACAAUAUGCAAUCCGUCAGUGCCCAGUCCUGUAACACUGAGCAUCACUGUCUGUGAGAAAAGCCUGGCGCAUAGAUUUGUUCAGAGUACCUUCGUGGUGAGGUCUUCGUUUGUUGUUGUGUGUUAAAAUGUAGUGUCAGGGCGCCAGGUAUCAUACUUGUCUUAGACUGCCACCUUGUGGACAACAUGACAUAGAGCCAGAAGUUUUAGGGAACACGGGAACGUUAGUGUCCGAUAUCCUGUCUGUGGAACCUAGUUUAUAGUUUUUAUGCAUAGGCAGACAUGUUUACAUUGAUUCCAAUUGCAAUCUCCAUCUUAUCUCUCAUGAUGUUGUAGUUUUAGCAAUAAACACCAGUGUUUCGUGUGUGACCAAAUUGCACUUUAUGUUGCGUUUCAUCAAUGUACUUAUAGUCAGAACUUUACAUUCACUGUAUGAAAAGACAGUUGUUGUUUUUUUGUUGUUGUUGUUGUUGUUUGGUUUAAGUUUCCUUUUGUCAAGAUUACUAAAAUUAUCUCUAUAGGUUGCAAUUAUGAGAGAAAUGUAUAUUUAGAUUCAUCUCUUUCUCUCCCACAAUAGUUUUCUGGAAUUUUGGCCCAUUACUCCUGACAGAACUGAUACAACAGAGUCAGGAUUUUCAGUUUUUUUAUUUAACCAGGGAAAAAACUAAUUGAGAUUUUUUUAUUUUUAUUUCCCCCAAGUGUCCUGCCCUGGAUUUGUAAGUCACCUUAGUUACAUACAUCUUUUUAGCGCUGCCUAAAAUUACUAUGAUGUUUUACGAUGUCCACUACAAAACGUUGAUCUUGUGGUCUUUAAGCCGGUUUUUGUAACUAGGCUCCAUGUGUAUGUCUAUUGUGCAUUUAGAAGACCGCUUUCUGCCCAAACUUUAAGUCCCAGAUCAUGAUUUGAAAUUUGUCAAGUGCACCGGUCCCUCCCGCAGCAGAAAACUCACACAACAUGACGAUGCCAUCCCAGUGUGUUUCACAGUUGAGAUGUUGAGAAGUGGAAAAAAAAUUUAACUUUGCAAUUGUGGUGUUUCCAUUAAACAAGAAACACAAUUAAAAUCCCGCGUGAAUACGUUUGUUCACGCAAAAAGUCAUUGAAAAACAAAACAUGCUGCCAUGAUCCUCCAACUACUUCCUGUCAUUUUCUUUGUGGUUUGUGCCAGUGGCAACAUCCAGUUGUUGAUGAUGUAAAAGGGCUUUCCAUUGCAAUUUUGCAAGAUAAACUACUUUCAAUAUGGACACAAACCACCUCAUCCUAGUGGCAAAACUUCUUAAUCAAAAGAACGAGUUUUUUCAAAGUGUCCCAUUAAAUGUGCUCCAUACUUUGUAUGAUUCUUUUCCUAAUUUCUUGUGAUCUUCUUGUGAUUUCACGUAAUGAAGCAGCAUCUUGCCUUUAAAGCUGCUGGUCCUCUUAACUUAAAUUCAGCAUAAAUUAACCUGUCAGAAGCUUAAAAAGACCUUGUGGAUACUUUAUAUGGCCUUCAUAUCUUAUAAAGCAAAUUUUUUUUAAAUCCUCUCUCUGACAUUUAGCAAACACAAAUAAUUUUGGUAAUCGUAACUGACCAAAAGGAAGAAAUGUAGUGUGAGAUAAUGUCGGACAAUUUUUAAAAAACCGGUUCUUUUUUUUUUUUUACCAUACAGUGAACAUAAACAUCUGGCUUCAAGCGUAUAUGUGGGAAGAGUUGCAGCUGUUUUACACUUCUUUGUUUUUUUUAUUGUUCUAUUUAUUGAAUUUUGUAUUUAUUUAUUUAAGAUUCCGAUGUACGGUUGAAAAUAUUCAGCGUAAUGUUGAAAUAGAUCAUUUAAUACCCCACCAUAUAUGUGUGGUCGCUCUUCCCCUCCCCGUUCUGACUUCUCACUCUGUAAGUCUCGACGUUGCUAACAUUACUGUCGUGUCCAUGCUUGUCCAAGUGUUUGACCUUUUUCUUUUUCUUAUUUUUUUUUUACAGCAGCUCUUGUGAAUAACUAAUGUCAAAUGAAAUUCCAACUAGAAAGGAAAUAAAAUGUGUCGGAAACCC